AUGGCCGACACCGUGGUUCGUCCUGAGGAUCCUGACAAUGCCGGCACCGUUGAGUUAAAGGAUAAUACUGUCAUCAUCGUUCUCGGCGCUUCCGGCGAUCUCGCAAAGAAGAAGACAUUCCCCGCGCUAUUCGGCCUGUUCCGCAACAAGUUCCUGCCCAAAGAUAUCAAGAUCGUCGGAUAUGCUCGAACAAAGAUGGACCACACCGAAUACCUCAGGAGGGUCAAGUCCUACAUCAAGACGCCGACGAAAGAAUCGGAGGAACAACUCGAACAAUUCUGCUCAAUUUGCACCUACAUUGCCGGCCAGUAUGAUAAAGACGAGUCUUUCCAGGCUCUGAACCAGCACAUUCUCGAGAUUGAGCAGGGCCGGGAGGAAGGAAACAGAGUCUUCUACAUGGCCUUGCCUCCCAGCGUCUUCAUCACAGUCUCUCAACAUCUCAAAAGAAACUGCUACCCCAAGAAGGGUAUCGCCAGAAUCAUCAUAGAGAAGCCUUUCGGCAAGGACUUGGCCAGCUCACGGCAGUUGCAGAAAGCUCUCGAGCCCGAUUGGAAAGAGGAAGAGAUCUUCCGUAUUGAUCACUACCUCGGAAAGGAGAUGGUCAAGAACUUGCUCAUUCUCAGAUUUGGCAACGAGUUCCUAGGAGCCACCUGGAACCGAAACCACAUCGACAAUAUCCAAAUCACCUUCAAGGAGCCUUUCGGAACCGAAGGGCGAGGUGGUUACUUCGAUGAGUUUGGCAUCAUUCGCGAUGUCAUGCAGAACCAUCUACUACAAGUCCUCACCUUGCUCGCCAUGGAACGGCCCAUUUCUUUCUCCGCAGAAGAUAUUCGUGACGAAAAGGUCAGAGUGCUUCGAGCUAUCCCAGCCAUUGAGCCCAAGAAUGUCAUCAUCGGCCAAUACGGAAGGUCUCUAGACAGCACCAAGCCAGCAUACAAGGAAGACGACACAGUGCCCAAAGACUCGAGAUGUCCAACAUUCUGUGCCAUGGUUGCCUUUGUCAAGAACGAGAGAUGGGACGGUGUGCCUUUCAUCCUGAAGGCUGGCAAGGCGCUCAACGAGCAAAAGACCGAGAUCCGGAUCCAAUUCAAGGAUGUGACCUCGGGUAUUUUCAAGAACAUCCCCCGCAACGAGCUUGUUAUUCGCAUUCAGCCCAACGAAUCUGUCUACCUCAAGACCAACUCUAAGCUGCCUGGGUUGUCCAUGCAAACCGUCGUCACCGAGCUAGAUCUCACGUACAGACGCCGGUUCUCGGACCUGAAGAUUCCCGAGGCAUAUGAGAGCUUGAUUCUUGAUGCCAUGAAGGGCGAUCAUUCCAACUUUGUCCGUGACGACGAGUUGGACGCCUCUUGGAGGAUCUUCUCUCCUCUCCUGCACUAUCUCGAUGAGAAGAAAGAGAUCAUUCCAAUGGAGUACCCUUACGGCUCACGUGGCCCGGCUGUCCUUGACGACUUCACCGCCUCGUAUGGCUACAAAUUCAGCGAUGCGGCAGGCUAUCAGUGGAACACUGAGAGCACACCUAACAAGUUGUAG